AUGAAUAUCAAUAUGUUGUACGGCGGCGAUGAAAUCGGCGCGAUAGUUUUCGACUUGGGAUCACAAUCGAUCCGCAUUGGUGCCGCCCAAGAUGAUUGUCCAAAAGCAGAAAUACCGUCCAUAGUUGGUAUAUUGAAUGACGGCAUGCCAGAUACGAGUGCGUUGGAACCCGGUGCAAAAGCCGGAAAUCGGAUCAACGGGAACACCAAAUAUUUUACUGAUGUUACGUCAUUGCGCGUUCCUCGUAAAAAUAAAGAAGUAUUAAACUGUAUGAAAGAUGGCAUGAUCGAAGAUUGGGAUCUAUUCGAAAAGAUUGUUGAUUACUCUUACUCUAAGUGCUUGUACACAGAGUCGCAGUAUCAUCCAAUAUUAUUUAGUGAAUCGCCAUUAAAUACCAAAUCCAAAAGAGAGAAACUGGUGGAAAUAAUGUUUGAAAAGUACCAUGUUCCGGCUAUUUAUCUAUGUAGAAAUGCUGUAUUAGCUGCAUUUUCUUGUGGCCGCCCUACUAGUAUUGUUGUCGAUAGUGGCGCAAUACAUACGUCUGCUAUUCCCGUGCACGACGGCUAUGUAAUACCAUCUGCCGUCGUUAAAUGUCCUUUGGGUGGAAAUUUCAUUAGCACGCAAUGCAAACAGUUCUUGGGUGAGAAUAAUAUUGAAGUAACACCACAUUACAUGGUUGCAAAAAAGACACCGGUGAAAGAAAAAGAAAAACCAAUAUGGACAAAAAAAAAGGUACUACCAGAAGUGACAGACUCUUGGUAUAAUUAUAUGUGUCAAUCAGUCAUUCAAGAUUUUAAGCAUUCUGUGUUGCAAGUCUCUGAAACUCCAUAUGAUGAUAAAAUUGUAUCAACUCUACCAACUUCUCAUUACGAGUUUCCAAAUGGCUACAAUCAAGAAUUUGGCAAUGAAAGAUUCAAAAUACCUGAAAUGUUAUUUGAUCCUAGCCCUAGUAUGGGUGGUUCUAUGUUGAGCAUGAGCCAUAUUGUUGUAACUAGCGUAGGGAUGUGUGAUGUGGACAUAAGACCUACCUUAUAUAACAACAUUGUUAUCACUGGUGGAAAUUCAUUGAUACAAGGUUUUCCAGAGAGAUUAAAUCGAGAUCUCACAACACGUGUGCAUGCCAAUAUGAGAUUGAAAAUGAUUUCACCUAAUGGAUCUGCUGAGAGGCGAUUUGGUGCCUGGAUUGGUGGUUCAAUAAUAGCAUCAACUGGUACAUUUCAACAAAUGUGGUUUAGCUGCCAUGAAUAUAAUGAAGGAGGUAAAGGUCAAAUUCAUAACAAGUGUAAUUAA